GGUGACGUCUCCGUGUCCUAUAGGAGCAAAGCUCGUGAGAUAGCAGCUAUCGCCUUGAACUCUCUUUAUUUUAUUGGAGUAUGGCUGGUAAUAAACAGUAAUAUUUAAUUUGUCUGAGACCACAAAUCGGCUUCUAGCUGGAAGGCUCCCUCGUCUUGACAUUACAGUCCUAGGGAGCCUGGGCUCGCGCUCCUUUUCCCAGCUUUUUUUUUUUUUUUUUUUUUUUUUUUUUUUUUCCUUCUUCUUCACCCCCCAACCUGCGGACGGAAAUAAAUUCGAUUUAUUUGCAUCGUUUUCAACUUGUCUUCGAGGUGUUUGCGAGCCUCUUUGGCGCUGCGGAGGCUGCAGAAUGCCACAGGAAGGCUGUUUACCCUGCGCUGACCUAUUCAACUUUACCCUCAAAAUAAUACAUUAAAAAGAGAGCGAGAAGAGAGAGGAGGAAGACGCAGAUAAAGCCACGUCCCCGCUCCUCGCUGACGGGGGAAAAUAUACACAUAUAUAUACAUAUGGAGAUGCAUUGAUUGCAUGGAAUUCAACAAGCAAGUGGGGGAUUCGGCGAAGGAAGCUCGUAACAUGGCGGACACCGAGGAAGGCUUCGGGCUCCCGAGCACGCCGGCUGACUCGGAGGGCAAGGAGCUGCAGGCUGAGGCCAAGCAGGACCCCCAGCUGGGGACCACCAGCAAGGCCCCCACCUCUCCGCAGGCAGCCUUCACCCAGCAGGGCAUGGAGGGGAUCAAAGUGUUUUUGCACGAGCGGGAGCUGUGGCUGAAAUUUCACGAGGUGGGGACGGAGAUGAUCAUAACAAAGGCUGGAAGGCGUAUGUUUCCCAGUUACAAAGUGAAGGUCACUGGACUCAAUCCAAAAACGAAGUACAUACUGUUGAUGGAUAUUGUACCAGCGGAUGACCACAGAUACAAAUUUGCAGAUAAUAAAUGGUCCGUGACCGGGAAGGCAGAGCCGGCCAUGCCCGGCCGCCUCUACGUGCACCCCGACUCCCCCGCUACCGGAGCCCAUUGGAUGAGGCAGUUGGUUUCCUUCCAGAAGCUGAAGCUCACCAACAACCACCUCGAUCCCUUCGGACAUAUCAUCCUGAACUCCAUGCACAAGUACCAGCCCCGGCUCCACAUCGUGAAGGCAGAUGAGAACAAUGGCUUCGGCUCCAAGAACACAGCCUUCUGCACCCAUGUCUUCCCAGAGACCGCCUUCAUCGCUGUUACAUCCUACCAAAACCACAAGAUCACUCAGCUGAAGAUUGAGAACAACCCCUUUGCAAAAGGUUUCCGCGGCAGUGAUGACAUGGAGCUCCACAGGAUGUCCAGGAUGCAGAGUAAAGAGUACCCAGUUGUUCCCAGGAGCACAGUGAGACAGAAAGUGUCCUCCAAUCACAGCCCCUUCAGUGGUGAGACCAGGGUCCUUUCCACCUCCUCCAACCUGGGCUCCCAGUACCAGUGUGAGAACGGGGUGUCAAGCACCUCCCAGGACCUGCUGCCACCUGCCAACCCCUACCCAAUCUCCCAGGAGCACAGCCAGAUCUACCACUGCACCAAGAGAAAAGAUGAGGAAUGUUCCACCACCGAGCAUCCCUACAAGAAGCCCUACAUGGAAACUUCACCGGCGGAAGAGGAUCCUUUCUACAGGUCCAGUUACCCCCAGCAACAGGGACUGAACACUUCGUACAGGACUGAAUCAGCCCAGCGCCAGGCAUGUAUGUACGCCAGCUCUGCUCCCCCCACGGACCCCGUGCCCAGCCUGGAAGACAUCAGCUGUAACACGUGGCCCAGCGUGCCAUCCUACAGCAGUUGCACAGUGUCUGCCAUGCAACCCAUGGACAGGUUACCCUACCAGCAUUUCUCUGCCCACUUCACCUCAGGGCCUCUGAUGCCCCGGCUCAGCAGCGUGGCCAACCACACGUCCCCCCAGAUAGGAGACACCCAUAGCAUGUUCCAGCACCAGACCUCGGUUUCUCACCAGCCCAUCGUGCGGCAGUGCGGACCUCAGACCGGCAUCCAGUCUCCCCCCAGCAGCUUGCAGCCUGCAGAGUUCCUCUAUUCCCACGGUGUGCCUCGAACCCUCUCGCCCCACCAGUACCACUCGGUGCACGGCGUGGGCAUGGUGCCAGAGUGGAGCGAGAACAGCUAACGAGGCAGUCGAAGGAAAUGGGAAAAAAAAUAAAAUAAAAUAAAAUAAGAUAAAAUAAAAUAAAAUAAAUAAAAAAGUGGAGGGGAAAAUAAAAAAAUAAAAAAAAAGGGAAAAAAAAUCCAACACACCAUCGUUAACAAAAAUGAGAGCGUUUUGCAAGACUGCUUUAAGCGAAUGUUCACCACCAGCACUCGAGAGGGACAGACGCUGACCGUGCCAACGGUUGGAAGCACACAUGGAGCACUCAUUGGCCAUGGCACGAUGUGCCCCCCCCGGUGCUUUGGUUCAGAAGGCAAACCCAGGGGAGUAGAGCGCUGACCCCACGUACCCCCAGUCCGUGUCUCUGCCACAGCCCUCCCCUGCCCGGCCCUCCCCUGCUCCUCUCCUUCCCAAAGGGACAUGUGACUCCUGCUGCCUUUCUCAACACGGCCAGAGUGCUGGGAUGAAAACAAC